AUGUUUGUCCAAAAGCUGUGUGUGGAUCCUGCCUCAGUGUUUCUGAGUUUGCACAAGGCAAGAUGCCUAUUAAAGAAAGGUAAGAAUUAUGGAAGCAGCUCUGAUUCGGAUGAGCUUUAUAAAGGUCAUGAAGAAGAUCAGCUAGAACUAUCUGAUUGUGAUGAUAUGGAUGAUACCGAGGGACACAAGCGGGUGGUUAGAAGGAAGAGCUCAGUGAAAGGUAAGGCCACACCAUUGAAGAGAGAGUUUAUUGGGUGGGGAUCAAAAGUUCUUAUUGAGUUCCUUGCAUCCAUCGGUCAAGACACAACCCAAAAAUUAUCACAGUAUGAUGUGACAUCCAUCAUUAGUAGGUAUGUUAAUGACAACAAUCUUCUUCAUCCGCAAAAGAAGAGGAAGGUUCUUUGUGAUGAAAGGUUGCGACCUGUUUUGGGGAGGAAAUCAGUCAAUAAAAAUAAAAUAUAUGACAUUGUGGAAGGGCAUUUGGCUGAGAACUUGGAGCAGUCAGAGGAUGAUGAGGCUAGAUACAGUUCAGAAGACAAGGAUGAGACUGUCUUGAUGGCCUGUAAAAGGCAAAGAAAAUCUAACUUAGAGACACCUCAGAUAAAGGAACUUACUCCAUUGAUACCUCAGAGCCGUUUUGCAGCUAUAGUUCCUAAAAAUAUUAAACUUAUCUACUUGAAGAGGAGUUUAAUGCUGGAGUUAUUGAAGCAACCAGACACUUUUGAAAGCAAAGUGAAGGGUAGCUUUGUGAAAGUGAAGGCAGACUCAUAUUGGUAUUCUCAAAAUCAGACUCAUCAGCUCUUCCAAGUAACAGGCAUAAAGAAAACUCAGAAACUCAAGAAAUCAAUGCAGAAAUUCUCCUGCAGGUCCCAAUGCAAAAGAUAUCCGUAUUAA